CGGUGCCUUAUAGGGCGGGCGCGGGGGCCGCGCCUGCAGAGCCGCGCCGAGCCCGGCGAUACCCUGGACAGCGCCGCGCCGCCGCUCCGCCGCCAUGGAGACCCUGAAAGCUUUUGACCGGGAAGUAAAUGCAUUUGUGGACUAUAUGUUUGGACCUCGAGAUACCAGGGUUAGAGGAUGGUUCCUUUUGGACUCUUACCUUCCCACAUUUUUCCUUACUGGAGCAUAUCUACUCUGCAUAUGGCUGGGCAACAAGUUCAUGAAGAACAGGCCUCCUUUCUCUCUCAGGCCUCACCUCAUCGUGUAUAACCUGGGCAUCACGCUGCUCUCCUUCUACAUGCUCAUAGAGCUCAUCCUUGCCACAUGGGAAGGCGGCUACAACUUGCAGUGCCAGAACCUUCACAGCGCAGGGGAGGCCGAUAUCCGGGUAGCUAAGGUGCUGUGGUGGUAUUAUUUUUCCAAAGUAAUUGAAUUCAUGGACACUAUCUUCUUUGUACUGAGAAAGAAAAGCAGCCAGAUCACCUUCCUUCACGUGUACCACCAUGCCACUAUGUUUAACAUUUGGUGGUGUGUUCUGAACUGGAUACCUUGUGGGCAGAGCUUCUUUGGACCCACUUUGAAUAGCUUUAUCCACGUGCUUAUGUAUUCUUACUAUGGACUGUCAGUCAUCCCUUCCAUGCGCAAGUAUCUCUGGUGGAAGAAAUACCUCACUCAGGCACAACUGAUCCAGUUUCUGCUCACUAUUGUGCACACACUCAGCGCAGCUGUGAAGCCAUGUGGAUUCCCAUUUGGCUGCCUCAUGUUCCAGUCUUCCUACAUGGCCACACUGGUCAUCCUCUUCAUCAACUUCUACAUUAAGACAUACCGGAAAGCACCUUCAAGAACAGCUGUAAAGGAAACCCCUGUCACAACAGAAAUCAAGAAUGGUUUCCAUAAGGACUACUUUGCUGCUGCCAAUGGAUUGCAGAAUAAGAAGAAGGCACAAUAAGUAUAGCGUUUCCUAUGAUUUUUUUUCUAAAAAGAAAAAGAAGAAAAAAGACUGAAUUACAAGCUUUAGCUUAAAACCUAUUUGAUUACACUUAUCAGUUCUUUGUACCAGACACUUAUUAAUGUACUGCUAUUUAGGUUUUAACGAAAUGAGUAGAAUUACUUGUCUUGUCAAAGAUCACCAUCAGAACAAAGAAAGCCAAGAUCUUUCUCAUAUGAAAAAGAAAACCUUUCUGAUCUCUAAUGCUGACACAAAAACGCCUUAUGAAAUACUUGAUGGAUAAAUCCAUCAAUGCCUUCAAAAGGUUAGGACUCCGUUCAGACUAACAUGGUGAGCACUUUCUGUGCAUGUGAGAGGUCUUGAGGCAAGGCUUCACAGUGCACCCAGUACAUCCAGCUGAACUGCGGCCAAGGCCAGGAAAAUAAAGGAGGGGUGGUAGGAAAGGUGAGAAUUGUACCUCUUCCAUCACCAUACCCCUCUUUUCUUCUUCUCAGCAAUUCCCCAAGGCACACUAGAAAGGUACCCUUUGAUCCUGUGGGAGCCCUGGGGAAGGACAUGAUAGAUGGCAGAGCCCAGGUGCACCAUCCCAUAGUUUGCAGGCAGCUGUGGCUCCACACUCACUUGCUUUACACAAGUGCAACCUGAUUCAAAUGCCAAGAAGGCUGACAGGAGCUUUCUGUUUCAGGGGGCUGGGCUGGUAGCCCCUAGCACUGCACAGAAUGGUAUUCUGAACACAGAGCAAAACAAGUCACUUUGGAUGUGCUAAAUUAAUAGGAGUUGUAGGUAAACGGAUUUUGAAAGAAAUAGGGUCAUGCCAACUUAAGGCACAUAAAUCCAUUGAGUGUAAAUGUGUGUAAAGUUAAUCCCACACAAACACUGAUCAUUCAAAGCAAACUGUCAUGCUACAUAUUAAUAGGCUGGAAGAUGCAGAAAAUUUGAGAAGCAAGAUCAGCAGUGAGCCAAGCAGGUUAUACAGGAAUUUCUGUGGCAAGUGGACCUUACUGAGACUGGUCUCUGGCUGGAGAAACAGAUGGGAUCGAGGCACAAGCUGCUAGAGGGGAAGUAAGGAGAUAUCUGCUGACUGCAGCUAUAAAGGUGUCUCCCAACAGUCCAUCACCAUUCUUGUUGCUUCAGUUCACUGCAUUUACCCCCACUUAAAUGGUUAGAAAUGAAGAAUAUCCAGGGUUAACUUCCUGGGUCUGCCCUCACCCAUUUGUCAUUUAGCCCUCUUAAUUUCCUCUACUAAAAAUAGACACAGACUUUUUCCCUCACAGUAAAGUAGUUCUGAUCUCUUCCAUUCUCAUGUAUAAAAUUCUCUCAUCAGAAAUCACUUUUGGAGUCACUCCAGCCCAGCAAGUCCCUUGGACUGAAGCAGUUCUGUAAAGGAAAUAUGUCCUCUCACUCCUGUCACCUUGCAGAGUCCCAUAGCAGGAGGAGGACAAAAGACACACCCAGCGAGCACAGAGGGCCCAAGCAGCCACAUAAGGCCCACAUGUAGAGGAGGCUGUCCCAAAUCCUGCUGUCCAAUUCCUCUCCACCUCUAGAGUGUCAGUUUAUCCCCUCCAGAUAUCCCUAUUGAGAUGAUCUGCUGUCAGGAGCUCUUGGAGACUGCAGGCAUAAAGGCAGGAGGACAGUUUAUCCCGGUAAGCAGUAUGGGCACAGGGCAGCCAGCCUCACCAGAGCAGCCCGAGAGACUGCAGCCCUGAGGACUCAUGGAUAGGAAGGAAAGAGGCUGAGGAAGUGGUACAGUAGAGGAAGAAGAACAGAUGGGAUUGUCCAGCGAGAGCAAGAGAAGAAAAUGGCAUGAAGAAGUGCGUCUUGUGUCAGAGUCCUGCUUGACUGUGUGCUUGAAAGUCCCAUUGAAUGCCAUCUGUCUCCAGCCAGUUCCAGCUCCAUUGCAAUGUGGACAAAACUUUUCUGCUCCAGCAGAAAACAGAAAUUCCCAAAAUGCUACAGCAGAAGCAGUAUCUCUUAGCAGCCUGACUGCUGAACUUCAUCAUCAUGAACUGGGUGACCAAAAUAACUGCAAUAUCCAAACACUUUUACACCACCACACCAACCUAGAUCUAACCAGUGCAUAUUGACAUUUGCUACCCUCUUCAUGAAGAUGGUCAUGAAACCUCACUAACUGAAAGUCAGUGUUUGCUUUUGUUUAACACUCAAUAAGGGGGAAAGCAGCCGCCCAAAAGAAAAAACCCAGACAAAACCCCAAGAACCCUGCAUUCACAAAGCCUGGACACUGUAUGCAUAUACUAUUUCUCACUGGCCCUUCCAGAACCUUUACAGGCAUUUCUGAAUGGUACAGUAAAAAUCCCAAUAUGUAAGAAAUUAGUGGGUUUGACUGAAGGUGUUUUACACAGCCCUGAGUAAAGGGAGAGAUUCAGAGCUCUGUAGAAAUCAGCUUAAUACUGGAAGCUAGGGUAAAGGCAGAGGAAUUUGAAAGAGCUGACAAGACAGUGAACAAGGCAAUGAGCUGGACCAUGCAUCUAAGGCAGGCAACACAAGGGCUGUGUGGCCCAGCAUGGAUUUUAGGCCGAGUGGAGUCCAUAAUCUUUUGAUGGCAAAGCAUGCAUUUGACUAUCAAGGUGGAAAGCGUCAGCUGUGCUAAGUGUUAAAGUUUACUAUGGCAAUCAAACCCACAGAUAUUGUCUUCUGUUCUGUUGAAACCUCAUUCAAAAGAAAAGGAAAUAAAUAAAUGCCUUACUUGAAAUUCAAAGGGCUGGGGAAAAAAAAAAAAAAGAAAAAGAAAAAAAAAAAAAAAGGAAAAAACCAGAUGGUCUCAGACCUUGCAGAUCCAGAUCAUCCAGGAAGGCUGGAAUCAGGUAUGUUUAAAAUUCUUCAGAUAUGUCUUAACAUCUUCAAAAUGCCGCAACUUUGAAGAAAGAGAAGCAUUGACUUUUUAAACUGAUUUUCCUGUAAUACGUAACACUGUAAAUAAACAAAUUUUACUAUCA